GCUCGAAUAUUAGCUAAGUACAGCACUAAACUAUAUGAAAGUACAAAUAUAAGUUGUCCAGAGGAUUAUAUUAAGAAAGAUAAUAUGGAAUCCGAGAUAUUUAAUAUAAAAAGAACAAGUAUAGAUAUUUUAUAUAAAAAUGAAGAUGAUAAACGACAUAAAUAUGAAGAAGAAGGAUUAGAAAAUGAAAAAAAAGAGAAAUGUAGAAGGCCAAAGAGAAAAGUAGCAUGUUUUAUUGGAUAUUGUGGAACAGGAUAUCAUGGGAUGCAAAUCAAUGAUCCGAAUCGUACAAUAGAGGGAGAUUUAUUUAAAGCAUUUGUAGAUACAGGAGGGAUUGCAGAGAUGAAUGCAGAUGACCCCAAAAAAUCAUCAUUAAAUCGAGCAGCACGUACAGACAGGGGUGUGCAUGCAGCAUGUAAUGUCUUAUCGUUAAAAUUAAUAAUUGAGCAACCAAAUCUUUUGGAAAGAAUUAAUGAAGCACUUCCAGAGACAAUAAGGGUAUGGGGAAUUUCUCGGACGCUAAAGUCAUUUAAUCCAAGGACAUUCUGUGAAGCACGUAUUUAUGAAUAUUUAGUUCCAUCAUAUGUAUUUAUUCCUCCAUAUCCAAUGACACAAUUAGCCCAACGUAUUACCAAACAUAGGGAAAUGAUAAAUUGUAUAGAAAACAGUGAAUGGAUUAAUGGAAAUGAAUACUUAUUAUAUUGUAAAGAUGCAAAAGAUAUAUGGUCUGAUGAAAGAAUACAACAUUUAGAAAAAAUGAUUAAUGAGUCAUCUACAUCAAUUGAAAAUGUAGAUGAAAAAAACGGAGAAACGUCUAAUAUAUCAUCACAAUUUCAAGAACAUCUAGAAAAGGAAAAAAUAAAACAAAUAGAGUUGGAGAUAAGAAGAACAUAUCGUAUAUCAAAUGAACGCCUUCAAUUAAUUCGAGAUGCGUUCAAAAUAUUCGAAGGAAGCCAUAAUUUUCACAAUUUUACAGUUGGAAAGACGUUUAAUGAUAAAAGCGUUUAUCGUCUGAUAAAAUCCUUUACAAUUUCUGAUCCAAAAUUAAUACAAAACAUAGAAUGGAUUUCUAUUAAAAUCCACGGUCAAUCUUUUAUGCUACAUCAAAUCAGAAAGAUGGUAGCAUUAGUUAUACUUGUUGUUCGUUGUGGAACUCCACUAUCUUUUAUACCAAAGACAUUUAAAUCAACACGUUUUAAUAUCCCCAAAGCACCAGGAUUUGGAUUGUUACUUGAAAGACCCAUUUUUACAAGUUACAAUAAACAAGCGGAAAGAAUGAACCGAGAAAUACUUGAUCCUUCCUUAUACGAGAAGGAAAUUCAAAUAUUUAAGGAAACAUAUAUUUACCAUAAAAUAUUUUCUGAAGAAUCUAAAGAAAAUCUCUUCAGAAGUUUUUUAAAUAACAUUGAUUUAUCUAUUACUAGUGAUUUUAAUUAUUUAAGUUUACCAGUGGAACAAUUGACUAAACAAUUGGAAAAAAAUGAUUCUAUUCUACUUGAUGAAACAAAGGACAAUGGGAAUAGCUAA